AAAAAGGAGAAUAUCCUCCCCUCUAAAGCUAUCCACGUUAUCUAAUUAAAUCAUCCAAUAACAAUCAUUUUUUCUGCCACGUCUGCUAUGUUUCGGCUCAUCCCUUAGCCCAAAUUAAACUUCACAUCGAAAUCAACUUCGACUAUGAUUCAUCUUCCUCGAUUUCCAGCCGUUUUUUUUUUUCUUCUAGUUUUCAUUCUUCAACGCCUCGUAACUAAUUAGGGUGUGGAAGAGCUGUCUCUUCUCUUCAUCUCUUCGUCUCUUUUUUUUUUGCUCAAACAUCUCUCUGUCUCUAUCUCUUCCUCCAUGUCUCUCUCUCUAUGUCUCUCUCUCGAUGAUGAAUCAACAAGGCCAUCCCGAACCUGAUUCCGAACCUCCUCCGACGAAACCUUCGAGUCGGUGGGUGUUGAGAUGAGGAAUGGUAAAUGUGUUUUUCCCUCGACGAGUCUCCUUUGCAGUUUGGUGGGUUGAUUGAAAAGUUAAGGUCUUUUGAUCCUGUUUCGUGUUCUAAUUCUCUGUAGUUAAGGUUCUUUACUGAGAAAAUAUUUUGGGUGAUGCAGAUCUUUGAUAGUUUUCGGAGAAGUAUCAACUUUUAUUGAAUUGUCGCUCAUCUUCUUUUUAAUUAUCAAUAGGGUGACACAAAGGGAUCAGCAAAAGGUGGGGAUGCAAAUUCAAAGAAAGAUGGUCAAUCAAGCCAAAAUGGCCAGAUCCUCAAGUUCAAGAUCGAGCUUCUGAACAAGACCAACAAAAGUCUCCACCACACAGAAGACGCUCCCCAAGAUAUAAUAAUAUAUGGAGGAAGGGCUGCACCGCUCGUGACGUUCCUUUUGAACCCUAAUGUUGUCCAGGAGCUAAGAGGUGAUAAGCAAUACAAUCUCCAGAUGCUGAAAGAACGUUACCAGAUUGGUCCAGACCAGAUUGAAUGUGGGAAUUACUCAGCAUAAACUUGUGCCUGAAGAAACUGUGACGGUUAUUGACUCCCGCUGUGGUGAAAAAUUUUCAGUUUACAAGGGUUCUGGUAACGAUUCUAUUACCCAGCAGUUUGAUGCUUGUGCUAGCUGGUGGACACAGGGGCCAGAUCCUGCUUUCCAGGCGGUUGCAGGCUGAGCUAGCUAGAGAAAUGACUUACACUGCUGCUAGGUUCGGGCAUGUUAUGUUCCCUGAGAAUGUAUAUGAACCUGCCUUGAAAUGUGCUGAGCUCUUGAUAGAUGGAGUGGGAAAAGGCUGGGCUUCUCGAGUGUACUUCUCAGAUAAUGGAUCCACAGCUAUCGAAAUUGCCUUGAAGAUGGCGUUUCGUAAGUUUUGUGUUGAUCAUGAGACCCUAUUGGAAUUUUCUGAGGGUAGAGAUGAGAAAAAACAUAUUACAAUAAAAGUCCUAGCUCUUAGGGGGUCUUACCAUGGGGAUACUUUAGGAGCAAUGGAAGCACAAGCACCAUCACCUUACACAGGCUUCCUCCAGCAGCCGUGGUAUACUGGAAAAGGUCUGUUUCUGGAUCCUCCUACUGAUAUCCUCUUCAAUGGAGCUUGGAAUCUCUCUCUCCCUGAAUUUUUUGCUGAAAUAGCCCCAGAAGAAUAUGGAACCUUCAGCACUCGUGAUGAGAUUUUCGACAAGAGUAGAGACACAUCAACUCUUGCAACAACCUAUUUGGCCUAUGUAUCAAAACAGCUACAAGAGUAUUCUGGAAAUACACAAUCCGCCCAUGUUGGAGCACUAAUAAUAGAACCAGUGAUCCAUGGUGCUGGGGGAAUGCACAUGGUUGAUCCUCUCUUCCAACGAGUUCUGGUCAACGAGUGCAGGAACAGAAAAAUUCCAGUAAUUUUCGAUGAAGUGUUCACAGGUUUCUGGCGUCUUGGAGUAGAGACUCCUGCCGAACUUCUCGGUUGCAAACCGGACAUAGCUUGCUACGCCAAACUGAUGACUGGUGGAAUGAUUCCUUUGGCUGUAACUCUUGCCACAGAUGCUUUGUUUGAUUCAUUUUCUGGAGAUCCAAAGCUUCAAGCACUGCUUCAUGGUCACUCAUACUCAGCUCAUGCUAUGGGAUGCGCAACAGCCGCCAAAGCCAUCGAAUGGUUCAAAGAUCCAGAGACUAACCAUAACAUCAUCCCACAAGGAGGAAUCUUAAGAGAGCUGUGGGAUGAAGAACUGGUGCAGCAAAUAUCAUGUCACAGUGCGGUUCAAAGGGUGGUUGUAAUAGGAACCCUUUUCGCUCUAGAACUUAAAGUAGAUGCUUCCAACUCCAGGUAUGCUUCGUCGUACGCAAAGUCUCUUUUACAGAUGCUCAGGGAAGAUGGAAUCUUCAUGCGGCCUCUAGGAAACGUCGUGUACCUCAUGUGUGGCCCUUGCACGUCUCCUGAAAUUUGCCGGGAAUUGCUGUCUAAGCUCUACAUAAGGUUUGGAGAAUUUAAUAGGGCAUAGUACUCCACAUUGUUUUUAAUAUUGUAUUUAAUUAGAAAACAGUUUACCCAUAAUUGUGUUCCAAUAUACAGAAGUCCAAAGCCACAUAAGACUUAUUUACUAUAAUGUUAUCAAAGUUAUAUUAGAACAAAUUUACAAAAA